CUCAGGCAGUCGCUGGUAGCCGACCCAACCAGCAGUAACCCCGCACACACAGUACCGCCGCGAACAGGUGAAACUUACUCUUUAGCAACUUUUCUCGUGAGUAUCGCUCCCUUUCGAGACAAGUCAGCGAGUGUGCCCGGAAGAACAGCUCUCUGUGAGUCCUUUGUUAGUUUUUUGUUCCUCUUCGCAAUGGCAUCGUCUGCGAUGAUCACCGUCCCCACCACCGCCUCCCGCUUCGCCCUGCUCCAGAUAGACUCGGAUUCGGACUCCGACGCCUCCGAUGCGGGGAAGACCACCACCAAAGGCGGACGGGACUCCUCCGGUAAGACCCGACAGGGAAAGGCAGGAUCAGCCGGGGGGAAAGCGGGUCAGUGCAACGACAAGAAGAAAGACAAGAAGAAGAAGAAGAAGGAGCAGCAGCAGACUGAGGCAAACGAGUUACGUAAUCUGGCCUUCAAGAAGAUUCCUCAGAAGUCUUGUGCCCCACCUCCCUCUAUGACACUAUCAGGAAUAGCCAGUGAACUUCUCAGUCCUGCAUCAGGAGACCAUAAUAUACCGCCAGAGGGGUGGCAGCAGUGGAAGCAGAGGGAUGAACAGAUAACCUCUGAGCUAUAUGAGGCAGACUUGGAAAAGGCCUUAAUUCUAAGUAAACUGGAGUACGAACAACACAAACAGCACAACAACACAAACACGUCCUCGCCAAAGUCACGGGGAGGAAAAGAGGGCGGAGGAAAGAAGGACAAAAAGAAGAAUCAGCAGGCAAAAGACAAAAAGACAGUUUCCCUGCAGGACUUCCAGGCCGAAGGCAGUGCAGAACAAUUGAGUCGGAAACAAGAGAAAGAGGACGCCAAAGCGGCUAACCUAGCGCUGGGAGUCGGGCAGGAGGAGCGCUUUUUUAAUAAGCUCGAGGAUGACGUCACCCGGAUUGUCCAACAGGAGAAGAGACGUGAGCAGUACUCUAACAACCAGGGACAAGAAGUCAACACCUCCACAGAACACGAACCGGACCCCCGAGCAGAGCAGCUGAAGUACGACCUGGAGAAGAAAGACCAGGAAAUCGAUAAGCUAAAGAAGACCAUCUCACAGUGGGAGGGGAAGUACAAAGAGGUGAAAGCGAGAAAUUCGCAGCUGCUCAAGAUGCUCCAACAGGGAGAAAUGAAAGAUAAAGCAGAAAUCCUUCUACAGGUAGAAGAGCUACUACAUAUAAAAGAAGAACUGUCAUCACAGGUAACAUUACUACACGGUGCCCUUGAACAAGAAAGAUCUAAAGUCAAAGGUCUGCAGACAGAACAACCAAAACAUCAGGGAAACAAGAAAGGGAAGAAAGCCUCGGAGAUGGAUCUAUGAAGGUUUCAAAAGGAAAACACCUUAAAAGAAAAAAUUCAAUGAAUGAACAAAUGAAGAAAAACUUAUCUGAUCACAAUCAGGGUUCUCUUUCCUUUUAUUUCUUUUUAGCUCGGACUCCAUGUGAGCAUACAAUGCAUGCCCCCAUAAUCUCUCCACACACACACACACACACACACACACACACACACACACACACACACACACACAAUACAAUCCAGGCAUUGCAGGAUGUAUUAGACCAUUGAACAAGAAUCACUGAAGCUUUUUGAAGUGACUAAGUUUAAAGUUUGUGUUGAAAUGGUUGCUUGGCACACAGUGCUGCCCUCUGCAGGCACAAGCGUGCCACUUCAUCUAUAGUACUGCUGCAGGCUGUGUGCCUGAUCUCUGUCUGUGGUAACGAUGCCAAAAUGACAGAUGUAAAAUGUAUGGGUUUGUUUGUUUUUUCUUUCUCACUGUUAAGUAAAUAAUCAAAUAAAAUACUUUUUCAGUGAAAAAAA